AGCACCGCUGUCCUACCAGUCUAACUUGAUCCGAAGAAAAGUAAUGAUCACAGGAUCUCGGGUCAUCUGGCGAUCUGAUUCAUCAUGACAACAGUUCAGCGUUUGUGAACACGGCGUGGUUUGCUUUGUGUACCUGAAAUGGCAACAAUAACAUGUAUUUGUUCUGCUCUUACGUUUCUUGCGCUUUACGCCUGUGCUGGAGACUUGCGUUUUGCAUCCUACUAUGAUAACUCCAUGGUGCUGCAGAGGUCUCCAGAGAGAGCCGUGCUGUGGGGCUACGGGCUUGAUGGUGCACAGGUCACCGUCUCACUGUCGGGACUGGUUACCCAGAAAACCCAUCCAGUCACAGUGACAAAAGGCAUCUGGAGAGUCACCCUUGACCCCGUUGAAGCUGGGGGUCCCUAUAAUGUGACAGCUGCCCUUCAGAACAUCACAGUCAAUCUUACAGAUGUGCUGUUUGGAGAUGUCUGGCUUUGUGGAGGGCAAAGCAACAUGGCCUUCGCAAUGUCUCAGAUUUUCAAUGCCUCAGAGGAACUGGACCUUGCAGCUAAGUAUCCCCAAGUGCGGAUUUUUAUGGCAGGUUUGGACUUAAAUGAAACUGAGCUGACAGACUUGUCUCAGGUGGAACUAUCUUGGUCUAUACCUACCCCAAUGAAUCUGGCCAACUUUUCAGCAGUGUGCUGGCUUUUUGGCCGCUACAUGUAUGAGAAGCUGAGGUACCCCAUUGGCCUAGUGCAGUCCUGUUGGGGGGGGACCCCAAUAGAAGCCUGGUCAUCUUUAAGAGCCCUCUGUCAAUGUGGCCUAGAGGAGACUGAAGACAGCAAUGAUCCCAGUCCUAAAGACAGAAAUUCUGUCCUCUGGAAUGCAAUGAUUCAUCCACUCGUCAACAUGACGCUGAAAGGGGCCAUCUGGUACCAAGGUGAACAAAAUGCAGACUAUCAUCAGGACAAGUAUGCCUGUUCCUUCCCUGCCAUGAUUGAUGACUGGAGGCUUAUUUUCCAUCAGGGCACAGGGGGACAGACAGCCUUAGACUUUCCCUUUGGAUUUGUCCAGCUCUCUACUUACAGAAAAGGCUCCAAAAAUGAAGGCUUUCCCAACAUCCGUUGGCACCAGACAGCUGACACUGGCUUUGUUCCCAACCUGAGAAUGAAGAGAACCUUCAUGGCUGUGGCAAUGGAUUUGCCAGAUGAGACCUCACCCUAUGGCACUAUCCACCCCAGGGACAAGCAGGAUGUUGCCUACAGACUAACAUUGGGAGCAAGAGCAGUGGCUUAUGGAGAUAAGGAUGUGCAGUUCCUUGGACCUUUCCCCUACAAAAUCUUGGUUGCUCAGGCGCAUCUCAAUGUCACCUAUGACCAGACGAUCUCUAUCAACCCAUCUCAAGAUAUCUUUGAGAUCUGCUGCUCAGCCCUGAAGGUGCCAUGUGGUCCUCAGUCCAUUUGGCUUCCAGCUCCCAUCAUGCAGUGGGACUUUAACACUGUCAAGGUGUCCACCAGUGUGUGUCAACCUUCUGAAAGAGUGGCUGGUCUUCGAUAUGCAUGGAAAGAUUGGCCCUGCGACUUCAAGGCUUGUCCAAUUUACAGCACUAGUGGGAUUUUACCUGCACCUCCAUUUAAAAUCAACCGCUGGCCAGGAUAGGACCAGAGAAGCCAGGGAAUGGAAUAUUCUGUAUGCCCACAACAUACAAUACCUUUUCUUUUUUUUCCUCCCCUUUUCUCCCCAAUUGUAUCUGGCUAAUUACCCCACGCUUCCGAGCUGUCCCAGUCACUGCUCCACCCCCU